AUGGCUGCAGCACAAAAUCCACGACCCGACGUGGGCGACAUUCUCGUCGUGAUCCACGACUUUCAAGCUAGAAGUUCAGAUGAAUUGACACUGGCAAAGGGCGACCGAGUUGAGCUGUUGGAGCGGGACGACGAAUUUGGCGACGGUUGGUUUUUGGGAAAGCACAUGGUCAGCAGCAACACUGGCCUGUUCCCUGAAGUCUACACCCGCCCAUCUCCAAAAGGCUUCCCCACCGGUGCCAGCGCUCUCGCCGCCGUAAAACAAGUUCCCCUGCCGAGUCUACCGACCAGCCCAACCACCGAAGAGAAGCCGCCUCCGCCGUAUACGAUUUCAGAUGACAAUGCGGCCGCAACCGCAUCCUCGUCAAAUGGGACGGCCGCCGUGUCGACAUCUUCCAACGUAGCCGAGCCACCGGCCGCUACAGCUGCCGCCUCUGUGCCUGAUUCUUCUGCUCCAGCACCGGCGUCGAAUACAACUGCCCAAGACCGGCCACAGUCCCCGACGACACCUACGGCCGCAACGAUCCCCGUCUCGUCCCAACCCCCAACGUCGAUUAACGUGGAUUCGCCUGCACCCACUUCGUCGUUCAACCAGUCAACACCUCCUCCUGUAUCUGCGAGCACUGGCUAUAGCGGACGCCUGGUUUCAGGACAUGACAGCCAAGUCCUGCACGAGACACUCAACGUCAUCGACGAACACAUUACCGACCUUCGGUCUCCAUCCGGAAGCAAUGGCACGCACCUGCACGCACCUACCGACUCUGGCAGUGAAUACAGCUCCAACCUCGACCACCGCAUGUCCUACAUCCAGGGCGAGGAAACGGACGAGGAGGAAGAUGGCUUGCACACCCGCAGCGAAGUCGAGGCUUGGGGCCCCGACGAUGUCGCGGAGUACCUUUUUACCGUCGGUGUCGAGAAGAAGCACUGCGAGGUCUUCCGUGACCAGGAAAUUACGGGUGAAGUCAUCUUGGAGAUGGACCAGGCGUCGCUUUUUAUCAAGGCAUUUGAUUUGGGUCCCGUGGGGCGCCGCCUGAAGACAUGGCAGAAAAUCAAGGCUUUGCAGGACGAGGUGAAUGGCCACGGAUCCGCCACAGGAAACAGGCGGCGGAGCAAUUACGGUAGCGACAUUGCUUCCGAGGAUGCGAGACGGUCAAAUCGCAGCCGCACAAACACUCUAACUGGUGCCAACAACCCGCCCAACAUGCAGCAGCGUCUGCCGCCUAUUGACGACCGCCCGAUCUCGAUCCAAUCCCGUCGCCUUUCUCUCAAUCAGACGCCUAGAAUGGAACCCGCCCAACCCGUCUCUCCCAUCUCGCCCAUAUCGACUCGCGGCUUUUUGGACGGUUCUGGAGCACCCCUGUCGCCAAGGCGAUCGAUCCUUCACGAGAAGCGCCCGUCUGCAGCAUCUAUCCGUGACCUGCACCACUCGCGGCGCCAUUCAUCAACGGAUUACCGCGCAUCCAUCACCUCGUCCAUCGCCCCACGCCUUACAUCAAGCGGUACAUUUCCCCUGGUCGACAACACGCAGCAGCACUUCCAGCCCGAGCCACAGUCACAACAGGGACAGCAGCAGCAGCAGCAACAUAAGAAGCACCCCUCGUUUGACCGUAACUGGACACUUGGCAAUGCUAGUUCAAAUGCCCAGCAGCCUCCCCCGGCGCACCAGCCGUUGUUCCACCCCCGGCCGCUGUCGUCGGCUGGCAUCCAGGAUGUGCUCGCUUCCCAGGACCUGGACCAGGGCCUCACUGCCGGGCUGAGCGAGCCGAAUGUUGAUUUUGACAGAGGUUAUUUCUCAGGCACCGAUGCCGAUCCCCGCCGUCGUUCACUGCUACAGAAGAAGAACCGUGACAGCUUCAUAAAAUCGGCCCGGGGUGGUCCGACUGUCUCUGCAUCGUCCUAUGCGGAGGAGCAGCGCGUCAGAAGUGCUACUGCUCUUUCUCGGCACUCACGUUUCGGUAGUGUUGACUCGGUGCGCGACCCAUCCGGCUUGUCAUCGGCAGCCCAAAAGUACUACGGUGUAGCGGGAGCCAAUGGAGCUGCUGCCCCGCACCGUCGGACCACGUCUUCAAACACGACUGAUUCCGUGCGCAUGCGCCCUGCCCUCCCGCCCAAGGACAACCCCGCUCCCACGGUCACUAAGUUGGACGGUUCAAACAACGCACUGGACAAGCCGCGCCCGUUGGUUGCUUCGCCAGGUCCUGCUUCGCCCCAUCGCCAAGGUGAUUGGUUCUCGACCAGACCUGGCUUCAAGACGCCGAGCUUUGGUCUCCGUGCGUUGUCGGAUGCUGUCGUAGGACACGACCGGAACAAGAUGGCCUCGCCUGUCUCGCAUGCGGACUCCUUCCCCAAAGACUCACCGAUGCAAUCACCGUCUCGGACCGGAUCUAGUACGCCUUCGGCUGGACCGAGCUUUGAACUGGAUUCUCCUGACCCGCGGAGCCCGAGCACCACGGCUACCGUGACCUCGGCCCGGAGCAACAAUACCGGCGCCGCUCGUAAGAAGGGCAAGAAAGAGACGAGCGCCUACCAGCGCGGCCUGCUGAAGAUCAGCCCGCGCGAGGCGAUGCAGGAUGCCGACUACAGCGGCUGGAUGAAGAAGAAGAGCUCCAACCUCAUGGCUACGUGGAAGCCGCGUCUCUUUGUCCUCAAGGGCCGCCGCCUUGCGUACUACUAUUCUGAGGACGAUGACCAGGAGAAGGGUCUUAUCGACAUUUCUUUCCACCGGGUGUUGCCGGCCGACAACGAGCGCCUAACCGGCCUCCAUGCUACCCUCACGGGCGCCUCGACGACGCCUGCCGUCCCUGCCAACAGCAACAUGCCUACGCUGGCCUCGGCCGAGGCGGAUGCCGAGCCGACGUCCUCGCUCAAAUCGGGCUCCUCCCAAGACUCCAUCUUCAUCUUCAAGCUAGUGCCGCCCCGUGCUGGCCUCUCGCGGGCCGUCAACUUCACCAAGCCCAUGGUGCACUACUUUGCCGUUCCCAACGUCAAGCAGGGCCGGCUCUGGAUGGCCGCCCUUAUGAAGGCCACAAUCGACCGCGACGAUGCCGUUGCUAUCACCACGACAUACCAGCAGAAGACGAUCUCUCUUGCCAAGGCUCGGCAAAUGCGCCACCGUCCACCAGCGCUGAUGAACCUCGACGAGAAGGUGGAGGACUCGCGCAUCAUGGGCCGGGACGACCAAGCCAAGGACGACGAAGACAAUGAUGACAUGAACAUUCUGGGCGACGACGAGAAGCGCAUGCUGGCCGCGGCUUUGGCAACCACCAACGCUCGGAAGGUAGAGAAGCCCAUCAACGGCCUAGGAAUCACCUAUGACAAGGACGGCGUGACCCCUCUCACCACUGCCUCGUCCUCGACCGCGCUGCCGGGCUCCGAGAACGUGGCCAGCAGUGCGAACAAACUGCCCACCGCAGGAGGGGCGCCCUACAAGGUCGAGAGUGCCCGUGCGCGGCAGUUUAUCUUUGAGCCCGAAAAAGACGAAGACCGGCUCCCAAUGAGCGCUUAA